UUCCGUCUUUGUCUUCUUCCAGGUAACACCAUGAUGAUCAUAGAGGAGAGCAUGUCGAACGGAUCAUUAGAUUCCUUCCUUAGGAAACACGAGGGCCAGCUGAGUGUGAUGCAGCUGAUGGAUAUGCUGACCGGCGUGGCAUCGGGGAUGAAGUACCUCACAGAAAUGGGCUUCGUUCACAAACGGCUGGCUGCACACAAGGUUCUAGUUAACGCCAACCUGGGCUGCAAGGUGUCUGGCUUCAGACCUCUACAGGAGGACAAGAUCGAGGCAAUCUACACCACACUGCACGGAGGGAAGAGCGUGGUGCUGUGGAGCGCUCCGGAGGCCAUCCAGUACCACCGCUUCUCCUCCGCCUCCGACGUCUGGAGCUUCGGCAUUGUCAUGUGGGAGGUCAUGUCCUACGGAGAGAGACCCUACUGGGAUAUGGGCAACCAGGAUGUGAUUAAGGCCAUUGAGGAUGGUUUCAGGCUGCCGGCUCCAGUAAACUGCCCUCCACAUCUCCACCAGCUGAUGCUGGACUGCUGGCAGAAGGAGAGGACAGAGAGGCCCACCUUCAGCCAGAUCCACUCAGCCCUCAGUAAGAGCAUUCGCUCCCCUGAUGGCAUCGGUUCCUCCACACUUGCACGCAGAACCCUGAGUUCAUCCAUCACGCUCGCAGAGAGGCCCCUCCCCUCCUUCCCGUCUUUUAACUCAGUGGGAGAGUGGCUGGACGCGGUGGACAUGGGCCGUUACAAGGACAACUUCACAGCGGCGGGAUACUGCUAUUUAGAGUCUGUGGCGCGGAUGACUGUCCAAGACGUUCUGAGCCUCGGCAUCACUUCCCUCGAGCACCAGAAGCUGAUACUGGCCGCCAUCCAGACGCUCAGAGCCCAGGUCAUCCAGAUGCACGGCCGCGGUGUGCAGGUCUGACAAACAGUUGACGCACCUCGUCUUAAAAACUGCUGCUGCAGACCUACACACGGACGGAGGGGACGGAGGAGAGGAGACGGGGAUCUUCCAAACCGAAGCAAAGACGAGCAGAUCUACCUGCUGUCGACACUGCUCUAUCUACUCCUCCUUCCCAUACGCCUUCCUUGAUUCCUUCCUUCCUUUUUUAUAUUACGUAACCCCCUCAGAGACAAGCAGUGUUCUUGUCUCGAUUGUGGGGACUGCAGAGGAGUGAUGUCAUGACUUUUCUUGUGGCCUCUUUCUGGAUCAGCGUGUAAAGCUGUCUGAAGCUGACCUCAGAGAUGCUGGAAAGGCGUGGACCUUCUAACGCUGCAAACACACCAAGUAAUGGACAAGUUACAGCUUGAAGAAACAUUCAUAUUUCGGGUGGAAAUUUCCCUUUACCACGACAUGAAUUCACUAAAAACAAUAUCUAAUUAAAAAGGCAGAAACUCUUCACUGGCCUUUUGAGGAAAUAAGUCUCUCCACAGAACCUUAAGAGCUGAUUUUAAUGUCAAACAUGAACUGAUUUAGUACGAGGGCACUUAAUCAUAUCAUAGCACGAGCGAGCUGAUCUCAAAUCAGACGUCUGAAGAACUUUUCAGAAGCUCAAUCAUGGUGAGAGUGGUAGUGAACAGUAAAAGAGGAAGACUGCGCUGUCCCAUGACCGGGAAGAGUUGGAUUAGGCCUCAAAGACAGGCUGCACCAACAUGGCUAGCAAACAUCUAUCUAGUCCUUUAUAACAUUUAAAAAGUGUACCUGGUGGGAUGAGUUAUGAGUGAUGAUAUGCUGAACUUUCAGGAACAUCAGCCUGUUAGUUUCUUUUCCUUAGCAGUUGAACGGAAGCUGCAGGAAUCAACUGCACAGCGAAAGUUUGAAAAAAAGUGUUUGUUCAUUUCUUGUAUGUUUUACAAUUCUUUGUCAUAUUUUCUUUCAUUUAUAUGUCUUCCUGUGUGUUUAAAGCAUCUAACCCCCCCCUCUCAGCCUGCUGUAAGUCAUCUCAGUAACAUAUCCCCCCCCUUUUCUCGACCAUGUUGAAAUACAGGCUCACUCUGACGAACGGCCUGAUUCAGAUAUUUACCCACGUUUAUUUAUGUCUACAGAUUGUUAUGCAAAACGUCUCCAGAAAGAGAGGUAAUAAAGGUUUAUUUAUUCAGCGAAAUAUUCAAAAGAAAAACGUCAGCAAAGCAGUUUGAAUCUUCUUGUUUUGAUGAUUUUAUUAAGUUUAAGAGGUCAUAUUAUGCCCUUUUUGGGGUUCAUAUAUUUAAUCUAUGUAUCUACUAAAGUAUGUUCACAAUA